UCAUGGUAGAACCAAAAGCAGUAACAACGAUCGAAUGGAAUAACGAUAAAUUAUACAUCAAUGUUAUAAUAUAUAGUCAAUUAUUUUCAAUCUUAGUAGCUGGUUGUGUUAUCACUUGGAUUACGUCUACUCAAAGAAGUGAUCGAAUUUCUUUAUUUUUAAUCUUAGGAUUUAUCGCUUGGAUUACGUGUACUACUCAAAGAA